CUGGACCUCUGAGGAGCCCAAAUUUUUCAGUAGCACCACAGGCAGCUGCCGCUCAAAGAAGAGAAAAGAAGACGUCUAAGAAUUAGAAGAACAUUUGUUAAAAUCAGUAGUCACAUCUAAUUUUUUUACUAUCACAUUUUAAAUCUACCUUUCCUUGUAUUAAAAGGGAUUUUGUUUUGAAAAUUAAAAAAGUACAGACAAAGAGAGAGAAAAUGAUGAGUCUGCUGUGCAUCACUGUAAUCUCCCUGACCCUGGCUGGCAGAGCGGUCAGUGAAACGACGAGCCCUUACUCAAUCCUCAGGGUCAAGGCUGAACUAGGUGGUAACAUCACCCUGCCCUGCAGUCUCCUGCCAGACAGCUCCAUCUUUGGGAGUUUCAAGGUGAAAUGGAUCAAAGUGGGAGCCGACGAAUCCCUGAACGAGGACGUUUUGAUGUCAAUGGGACUCCACAAGAGGACUUACGGAAGCUUCGAGGGUCGCAUCUUUCUGCAGGAGUUAGACAACCAUGAUGCCUCCUUGGUAAUAAAUGAUGUCUCCAUGGAGGACAUGGGAAAAUACCGCUGUGAGAUAAUGGAUGGCGUGGAAGAUGUCAUUCAAGAUGUCAUCUUAGAGGUGGAAAAUGGUCUUUCUGGUGGGGUUGUGUUCCCAUACUCUCCUCCUAUUGGCCGCUACAACCUGAACUUUGAUGAUGCUGUGCAGGCCUGUGCCGAUCAGGGCGCAGAAGUUGCUUCCUUUGAGCAGCUGUUUGCAGCCUGGAAGAGUGGUCUGGACUGGUGCAAUGCUGGCUGGCUGAGUGAUGGUACAGUGCAGUAUCCCAUCACCAAACCCAGAGAGCCGUGCGGUGGCUCCAACAACAAACCUGGUCUCAGAAGCUAUGGGCGUCGAAACAAGCAGAUGAACCGCUUUGAUGUGUUCUGCUAUGUUCCUGAUCUUAAGGGUCAUUUCUACUGGCUGGUGCAACCAGAGAGGUUAACCUUUGAUGAAGCUGUCCAGGCGUGCAUAAACGACAAUGCAGAGAUCGCCACAGUGAGCCAGAUGUUUGCAGCCUGGAAGCUCGAGGCCUACGAUCGCUGCGACGCUGGCUGGUUGGCAGAUGGAAGCAUCCGGUACCCCAUUUCCAGGCCCCGCAAGAACUGCAGCCCCACAGAAGCUGCAGUUCGCUUCAUUGGAUUUCCAAACAAAAACGUCAAGUCUUAUGGCGUCUACUGCUUUAAAGCUGAGCAGCAAGAGUAAAGGAAAGUCAUCGGGAAACCUCAGUCACCAAAGUGCCACAACAACAGCAAUUCAAAUCAACAAUGAAGCAGAUAAGCUUUAGAUAUAACCUAGAAUAAAAUGUCCGAUGCUGUGACAACACUAAGAUACUCAAAUCACUAUAAACAGAAGAAAAUGUUUCUUUUUUAUUACUGUUAUGUUUGGUUUUCUAGCUGAGCAUUCCUAAAUCAGACUUUUAGUUAAACAAUGAGACUCAAGAGACGCUAUUAGUCAGUCAAACAAUUAGAUAAGAAGUUAAUUGUGCUAAUGUGCAAAAGAUAUAUGAUGCUUUAUUAAGUGUUGCACAUUUUUUAUCAGGCCCAUUAUUUGACAGUAAUGUGAUAAACAUAAAUUGGUUAAAUCUGUUGAGCCAGUGUUAUACUUAUGUUAAGCUGCGUUAAAUAAGCAACUGGGAGGUUUAAGGAGGUUAAGCAGAUUUUUUUUCUUAUAUUGAUAUUUGUUCCUUUUGAAAUGCAUUUGUUUUCCUUAGAGGAGCUGUGAUCAAAGCAACAGCAAGGAAAAUAAAUGGAGAUGUCUUUUUGCGACCUGUUUAGCAUUGAACACAAUGAAUACGUUAAAUACUGAAGACGUUUAAAUUUUAAAUAGUAGUAGAGUUGUAUGAUUAGGCUAAAUGUUGUUUUUGUUUCAUUAUUUUCACUUUCUUUUUUUAAGAUAUUCGUUGUAAAGAAAAUGUAAUUUUCUUCUAAUCUGAAUUAAAAUAUUUCCCUGAAAGAAUGGCAAAGAUAGUUAUUCCAGUAAAUAUACAUUAAGUUGUCUCUAUUGUUAAAUUCCACUCCGUUUCGGAGCAAUUUGAUAAAGCAUUAAUCUGAAUUUUCUUUUUAUUCAAUCUUUAUUUCUUUAGAUGUUUUGGUACGGAUGGUCUAAUCUAUAAAAGUGCUGAUGCUAUUAUAACUAGUCCUGAAUGAAUGUCUAUGUGAGCAAUUUGUGACCAAAAGAGCACAUAAUUUACAUAAUUGACAUAAUUUUGAGUUAUUCCACAAACUGUAGAUACGUUUGUAGCUGUUGCUUACAGAAAUAUUUAGUUUUUACUAUUUUCUUUCUCCUAACUCGUUCUAACCCUGACUAACGACACGUGGUACUUACAGCAUAUGUGCAUCAAACACACUUGCACAUAAAACAAAUGUAGGUAUUAUUAUAUGUUAUGUACCUUGUCAACAACGCAGUUCAAAAUAAAAAUGUCACUUUUUAAUCCA